AUGGCCCUACAACAACCACCGCAAUCCGCACAAUCUCGCUGGGUCUUCCUCGCCGUCACGAGCGGCGCAUUCGCUGCUCUCAACGGCCUCUUCGCAAAGCUAACAACAGAUGAACACACCUCCGCCUUUACGAAAUCCCUCCUCCAAUUCUUCAACGCCACUCACAACCACCCUAUACUAGAAUUAUCCGUGAGAGUCGUCUGUCUCGGACUCAAUGUACUCUGCAACAUCAUCAUGUGGGCAUUGUUCACGCGCGCGCUGACAGCGUCCCCAUCGACGGUUAAAGUAUCGAUUACCAACACGGCGGCAAACUUCUUGGUCACAGCUGUGCUGGGAAUGGUUGUGUUUCGUGAGAAGGUGGGUGGUCUGUGGUGGUUAGGAGCGGGGAUGAUGGGUGGUGGGUGUAUUCUGGUAGGAAUGAGGGAUAAUUGA